AUGACUGUACAUGGUCCCUCUGGUCCUCUGGUUGCUCCUCUGGGAUCUUCAGUGAUUUUGCCCUGCUAUGUUGAUGAACUUUUACCAAUAAAGGGUCUCAAGGUGGAAUGGAGAAGAACAGACUCAGAGACUCUGGUUCAUCUGUAUCAAGAUGGUGAGAGUCGAGCAGAGAAACAGCAGCAGGAUUAUCAGGAUAGAGCUCAUUUCUUUACUGAUCAGAUUAAAGAUGGAAACUUCUCCCUCCGUCUGAACAAUCUGAGAGCUGAAGAUGAGGGGCGAUACACAUGUACAGUUCACAGUCAGCAGGAUUCUGGUGAGACUGUGGUUCAAAUAAAAGAUGUUGAGCGUUUGCUAGUAUCAGGAUCGAGUCGCUCCAUAUCUGUGUCUGUGGGUGAAGACGUCACACUGAACUGCUCUGUAGACUCUCACAUCCCACCUGAACAUUUUGAAGAGGUUUCAUGGAGGAAAACAGAUGAAGAUAUUCUGGUUCUGCUCUAUCAAAACAAUAAUGCUUUUCCAGAUUCAUCAGAUGAGAGAUACAGAGACAGAGUUGAGUUCUUCACUGCUGAAAUUCCUAAAGGAAACUUCUCUCUCAGACUGAAGAGUGUCAGAACUGAGGAUAAAGGAGUUUACAUGUGUCAAGUGUUUGCUGGAGAUCUUUCAGCUAAUGCAACUGGAGUACUGAAGCAGAUGGGUGAGUAA